UGAUUCUAAAUAUUUAUCACCGGAAAGUUUAAUCCGCCGCAAUUCAACAUGAAAAUCCCGGAAUGGAUAUCGAAAGAAUUGUUCGAUAAAAGCCUCAAAAGUUUCUAUAAAGAUGCCUCCAUCGAAAUUUUAAGUUUCACCACAAAAGAUGCUGUACCGGCUGGAGAAAACUACACCAGUGAUUUAUUUAGAACCUCUGUCACCUAUGUUUCUGGAAAAACAGGAAAAAAGGACUGCAUAUCAGUCAUAGUAAAAUGUGGAAAUGAAGAUGGCGGCGUAAAGCAGGACAUCGCGAAAAAACUGAUGAUAUUCGAAAAAGAAGCCGAAAUGUUCACCAAAACCUUCCCGGCUAUCUAUGAUGUUUUGGGAGAGGAUUUUACAUUAUGUUCAAGAUGUCUCUUCGCAACCAUUGAACCACACGCAGUUAUCGUUUUGGAGGAUCUUACGAAAACUGGAUACGAUGUGUUGCCUCGACAUAUUGGAUUCGAUUUGGAGCACUGUUUUAUGGUUGUGGAGAAAAUGGCAAGAAUGCAUGCUGCUUCUGUUAUUAUGUAUGAAAAGGAUCCCUCCAAAGUUAAACAUUAUUCAGAAGGUCUGUAUGGGGAUAACCAAUUAGUAAGAGAUUGGGUCGCGGCUGGAUAUCAAGCUGUAAUAGAUGCAUGCUCAAGAUGGCCAGGUUAUGAAAAAUAUGGCUAUAAACUACAAGCCUUGGGAGAAGAAGCACUGGAGCGUGGCUUCAAAGCUCAAAAACGCAGACUUGGUGGUUUCCACAUCCUAAACCAUGGUGAUUUAUGGGUUAACAACAUGAUGUUUGCAUAUAACCCCGAUGGAAAACUAAAGGACAUGAAAUUUAUUGACUUUCAAAUGAAUAUUUUCACGAGUCCAGCAAUAGAUCUGCACUAUUUUAUCGCCACUAGCACUAAAGUGGAAGUUAAAUGUGAAAGUAUUGAAAUCAUUUUGGAUCAUUAUUAUGCACAAUUGAUAGCUACUUUGGCAAAAUUGCAGUAUUCUUUGGAAAGAGUUCCUACCAGAGAACAAUUCAAAAAGGACUACAACUACAGAGCAUUUUACGGUUUGAUGGGAGCAUCAACAGUUUUGGCAUUCGUGAAAGCCGACGCGAACAGAAAGGACGCUUCAUUCGAAAAUAUAAUCAAAGAUGGAAGCAAGGAAGGAUUCCGUUACCAUGCCUACAACAACGACAGAUACAGGAAACAUAUGGAACACCUACUGCCAUACUACGACAGUUUUGGCAUUUUGGAUUAGAAGCCAAAAUUUGUAGUGGUAUCUACUACCAAAUGUACUUAUUAUGGUGGAAGCCAUUGAGAAAACUUUAGGAACUAAAAUUAAAACAAAAGCAUUUUAGGAUAUGUAGGUCCUUGCAUCGCAAAGGGUUAGAAACUAACCACGGUGAAUGAUUACU